AUGUCGACUUGGAGUCUAACGCAAAUGAUGCGCAUGCAGGCGCCAUGGCGUCCUGUUUUUGCUCGGUUCUUGUCGUCUGCGCAGAACCGAACUGUCCCGCCACCUCGAGGGAGCAUUGAUACACCCAAGGCAUUUUUAAAAGCGAUUUCCAGGACCCGCCGUGAUCUGGUGUCCAACUCGACGUGUGUGUCCGCUGUUGGCGAAGACUGGAAUGAGAUGUUCAGUUUGACGACGGAAAAACUGAAGGGGGCCGGUGUGCCGGUGAAAGAGCGAAAGUACAUUCUCUGGUCCUUGGAGAAGUACAGGCAGGGCUUGCACCCAUCCGAAUUUGCCUACGAUAUCAAGAAGCCGAAGAAGGUCCGUGGAUGGGGUCCGCGCGUGCAAAAGGGCUACCGUGUUCGCGGUGAGCUCCGCCCUGGCGAGAAGCGCGCAUAG